AUGAAACCAAUCCCUCUCUCUCCCUUUCUCUCUCUCUGUCUCUCUCUUUCUCUCUCUCUCUCUCUCUCUCUCUUUCUCUCUCUUCCCUAUAUAAGAGCUUGCAACUUGGGCUUCACUCUCACUAAACGAAAAAGCAGAUGCUACCCAGCCGAGAUCACUGAUGCUGACUAUGCUGACAACAUGGCGAUACUGACUGGCCAUCUAAAAGAGGCAACGUCAUUCCUUCACAACAUCGAAAAUGUAGCCCAGCAGAUUGAAAUGUAUGUCAAUGCGGAAUCAGGAAACGCAUCUACGUGUUAUUUAAUCCUCUUUAUAUUACCAAACUUCUCUCUCUCUUUCUCUCUGUUUGUCUCUCUCUCUCUUUCACUCACUCUCUCUCUCUCUCUCUCUCUCAAUUUUUCUGUUUUUUCUCUAUCUGUCUUCUCUCUCUUACUCUUUCUGUUUUCUUUCUCUCUUUGCCUCUUUUUCUCUCACUUUACUUAUCUCUCCUUUUUCUCACAAUCUAACUUUUUCUCUCUUUUCUUUCUCUCUCUCUCUCUCUAUCUCUUUUUCUCUCAUUUUAUCUCUCUGUCUUUUCUCUCUUUCUCUCGUUCUUUCUCUCUUUUUCUCUCAUUUUAUCUGCCCACCUCUCUCUCUCUCUCUCUCUCUCUCUGUUUCUUCUCUUUUUCUCUCAUUUUAUCUAUCUCUCUUUUCUCUCUUUCUCUCGUUAUUUCUCUCUCUCUCUCUCUUUUUCUCUCAUUUUAUCUCUCUGUCUUUUCUCUCUUUCUCUCGUUCUUUCUCUCUUUUUCUCUCAUUUUAUCUGCCCACCUCUCUCUCUCUCUCUCUGUUUCUUCACUUCUUCUCUCAUUUUAUCUGUCUUUUCUCUCUUUCUCUCGUUAUCUCUCUCUCUCUUUCUCUCUCUCUCUCUCUCUCUCUGUGAAAAAUAGAAACGAAAAUCCGUCCAUAAUGUCUCCUGAUCCUGAAAGUAAAGUGUAUCGCCUUAAUCUGGCUUUCUCACCGACGCUUUCUCACCGAAGCUUUCUCACUGAAGCUUUCCCACCGACGCUUUCUCACCAAAGCUUUUCCAAUGAAGCUUUCUCACCGACGCUUUCUCACCGACGCUUUCUCACCGACGCUUUCCCACCGAAGCUUUCACACCAACGCUUUCCUACCGAAGCUUUCUAA